AUGUCGUCUCGUCGUGGCCGCGGUGUCGGGCUUGGGGCAUUCGUAAACAGGACUCAGGCCUCGCAGUCUUACGCUACCCAUGGAGCCAACCUGCGGUCGACCCAUGCGAGCUCUCUCCAGACUCAACUGUCUGUCUUCCAGUCUUUACUCCAUACGUUUGCCCUCGAGCAUGCAGAAACGAUCAAGUCUAACCCGACCUUCCGUGCCGAGUUUGCGCGCAUGUGCCAUGCCAUAGGAGUUGAUCCACUUGCCGCAAGUAACAUCAAGGGGAAGGGAAAGAAAGGGCUUGGGGAGGGAGGUAGCUUUUGGACACAGAUUCUUGGCGGGGAUGUGAAUGACUUCUACUUUGAGGUUGCAGUACGGGUGGUUGAGCUGUGCAGAGAGACUAGGGCAGAGAACGGUGGAUUGAUAAGCGUGGAAACAUGCCGGAGAAUAGUGGGAACAGGAAAGGCCAUUGGAGGUGGAUUAGAGGUCUCAGAAGAUGACAUCCUUCGAGCCGUCGAGUCUUUAGCGCCACUUGGAUCUGGCUUUACGAUCGUGAAAGUUGGUAGUAAGAAAUACGUCCGCUCGGUUCCAAAGGAGCUCAACACAGACCAAGCCACCGUUCUUGAGGUUAUCCAGCUGUUAGGCUUUGUGACUGUCUCUAUGCUACAGUUGAAUCUUAAAUGGGAGAAGGCGAGAUCGAAAACGGUCAUUGAUGAUCUACUCGCAGAUGGACUUGUGUGGGUGGACUAUCAAUGCGCAGAGGAGGAAUACUGGUCGCCUCAAUAUCUACAGAGUGAUAGUGGGUGA